UCUGCGUCUUCUGCACCAGCCGAUUGCCUUCCUGCUUGUCCUGGACGCUAUGUCCACAUCGACGAGCUGCCCGAUUCCUGGGGGCAGGGAGCCGCUGCCCGACUGCUACAGCACCACGCCUGGGGGCACACUAUACGCCACUACCCCGGGAGGCACCAGGAUCAUCUACGACCGAAAGUUCCUGCUGGAGUGCAAGAACUCCCCCAUUGCCCGGACACCCCCCUGCUGCCUCCCUCAGAUUCCCGGGGUCACAACUCCUCCAGCAGCGCCCCCCUCCAAGCUGGAGGAGCUGAAGGAGCAGAAGGAGACAGAGGAAGAGAUACCCGAUGACGCACAAUUUGAAAUGGACAUCUGAUCCAGUGCAGAAGAUCCUGUGUGGAGUCGAGGAGUCCCUCAUGCCGCUGCUGCCAUCGCCUCUUCCUGGGGUAUUCCAAAUGCCACUUGGCCUCAUCUAAUCUGUAUGGGAGUGACUUGUUGAUUUCGGGCCUCCCUUAGUUCUGAGGCAGCUAGACCAGGGAUAGAGUGGGCAACUUGCCAAGCCCUUAGCUCUACUUUCCCUUUGGUCUAUAGGUACUCUUCCCAACUCCCAGCCCUCCGUCGUCAGGGGCUGAGGCUGGGACUGAAGGAUGGAGUAUGUCACUGUCUGACUGCUUAGUAAACAUUCAAAGAAAUGCCUUGA